CUGCACGCUGCCCAACGCACGAUUGUGGCUCGAGGAACAUGGCGAUUGCAAGAUAUACUAGUUGAGCCCGGAUACGACUGCGCUUUCUUCACGGACCCGGAAGAGCGAGGCUACUUCGACUUCUGGCGUAUUCUCGUCAACAACAUCUACCUCUUCCCGAGCGAUGUCAUGGCUCGCCUUCUUCCCCAGCUCGCGCGCCAUGAACCGGCCAUCAAACACGCCGCCCUUGCAAUGGCUGCGAUGGCUCGCGCUCUUGUCCCGAAUCUCAAACGCCGAACACGAAAGGAGCUUCAGAGCAACGGCCCGCAUUAUGAGUUUGCGUUGAAGCACUACGUUCGCGCCAUCAAGCUUGUCCGCACAUCGGUGCCGUCUAGCGAGAAUAUGCUCUGGGCCAUCGUCUGCUGCGUCCUGUUCGUCACCUUCGAAUGCCUUCAUGGCGAUCGCUACGCUGCGUUGUCACAUGUGAAUCACGCCUACAAGAUGAUGGAGGACUAUUUCAGUCGACGAUCGUUGGUCGGCGCCAAUCCAGAGACAGAGUCCGUCCGCUCUGUAUGCGACGACGCUGCUUGGAUCUUCCAAGGGAUGACGAUGCAGUCCUGGUCUCACAACAAGCUUCACCCUCGGGAAGAGAACGAGAUCAACUGGUGCUGCCGAGGAAGCAAACAUCCUUUCGCUGUGGAUGAGAUGCCCAUGACUUUUGACAGUCUUCAUUCUGGGCGGCGUUGGUGGAGGGUCGUGCAACACUAUAUUUGCCACAGAUGUCCCAUUUACAAGGACAUGUAUGCGGACGAAUCGGCGACAGCGCAAGAAGUUCGCUUUGGAAGCUGUAGUAGGUCCACCUACGAUUCGAAAGAGGCCGAGCAUCUGAGAAUGGUCCUUCCAGAAUUCCUGGGUCACCUACAACGCUGGUCCAAUGGCUUUCAAGGCGUCUACAACAAAUUGAGAAAAGGUAGGAAAUGGGACUUCCACUCAUACGUCGAGGCGUGUAACCUGCGGGUGCAGUACCUCCUUCUGUGGACCGACGUCAUCAGUACGAGCUACAGUGAAGUCGAGGCAGUGACAGCGCUGACACCGGAGUUCAGAGAGAUUGUGUACCUAUCUCGAGACAUCUUGGAAACACAGUCCAACUGCGGCGGAUGUUCCGAUGUGUUCAGCAUGGAUAACGGCCCCACGAUGCCAUUAUUAGUUGUGGCGUGUAAUUGUCGUGACCCUGACGUCAGGCAAGAGGCGACUGAGUUACUGGGGAAGCAUCCCAGACGAGAUGGCCUGUGGGACAGCAGAACGUUUCAUACUAUCGCGAUGAAAAAUAUGGAGAUCGAGGCGGAGAAUGUGACCGUGGGCAACGAUCAAGGGGAUGAAUGGUCACGUCUUGUGCGAAGAGAGGUAUAUUUCGACGCUGCCGGAAACAUUCAAGCGAAGUUGGUCAAAUGGCAACCUCACCUUGCUGAGUGGCGGGUUGUCGAUGAACAAUUGGAACAGUCCUCACGUCACGUAUCCCGAGACUUUGCGAAGCUUUCCCAGCAGCAGCAGCAGCAGCAGCCAAUCGAUCUCACACCAGGAUAG